AUGUCCUCCGACGUUUUUUUACUCGUUACAGUGCUUAUCAUCCUCCACGCCGCAACUCCCGCGCAAAGUCAAGACGCUGCAAGAAGUUAUGAAGGAGCCGCCGGAGACAUGGAUACGUGGCAAUUGUCGAAUGGACGGACAUCAAUAUCAGAGACAAAGAAACUCAAGGAGCACCUUGAAGUUGUCGCACGGCAACUAGCCUCGUCAUCCGACUCUGGCGACGGUUCGUCGUCAGACUCUGGCAGUGGCGACGGAGGUGGCGACGGCGGCGGUGGCGACUCGUCGUCUUCGUCGUCAGACUCUGGAAGCUCCGACUCAUCCGGCGGCGGUUCCUCGUCGUCGUCCGAUUCAGGAUCCGAUGGUGGUGAUUCGUCGGGGUCUGGAGACGGCGAAGGUUCCUCCUCCUCGUCCUCGUCGUCUAAGAAAAAAGGAAAGAGCAAGAAGAAAAAGUCGUCGUCUUCUUCCAGCGACGGGAAUGACGGCGAUUCGUCGUCUUCUUCCUCCUCUUCAUCUGGAUCCAAGAAAAAGAAGAAGAGUAAAAAGAGCUCUUCGUCGGACGGUGGCGAUAGCGGCUCAAGCUCGUCCGAUAGCGGAUCCUCUUCUAACGGGGACCGGUCUUCCUCUGGCAGCGGCGACGGAGGUGGUGACGGAGGUUCGUCAGGCGACGGAGGAAGUGACGGAAAAAGCGUCCAAGAAAGUGACGGAGAUGGGGGAGGGGGCGGCGGAGGAGACGGAGGAGGGAGCGACGGAGGAGACGGAGGCUCGUCUUCCUCUGGAAAGAAGAAAAAGGGCGCUAAUAAAAAGAGUUCGAAGAAAAAGAGUUCUAAGAAAAAAGGAUCAAAGAAAAGCUCUAAGGAUGGUUCGAGCUCCGGAGGAGACGGGGAAGGUAGCGGGAGCGGCUCGUCGAAGAGAAAGACAAAGGGUUCAAAGAAGCGCUAUGCGCGGGGAGACGGCGACGGGUCAUCGGGCGACGGAAACGGAGACGGCGAGAGCGGAAGCGACGGAAACGGCGACGGAAACGGCAGCGGGGACGGAGGCGGAGACGGUGGCGACGGAAACGGCAGCGGGGACGGAGGCGGAGACGGUGGCGACGGAAACGGCAGCGGGGACGGAGGCGGAGACGGUGGCGACGGAAACGGCAGCGGGGACGGAGGCGGAGACGGUGGCGACGGAAACGGCAGCGGGGACGGAGGCGGAGACGGUGGCGACGGAAACGGCGACGGAAACGGCAGCGGGGACGGAGGCGGAGACGGAGGAGGAGACGGAGGAGGAGGAAAAAGUUCCAAAAAGAAAGGAAAGAAGAAAAAGUCCUCCUCUGGUUCUCAUUCGAAAGGCUCGUCGCAUUCGAAAAAGUCUUCUUCUGAUGGCGAUAAUGGCGACGGGGGAGGCGACGGAGGUGGCGACGGGGGCGGCGACGGAGGCGACGGGGGCGACGGUGGUGGCGGCGACGGGGGUGGUGACGGAGGCGGCGACGGAGGCGGCGACGGUGGUGACAGCGGUGAUGGUGGUGGUGAUGGCGGCAACGGCGGCGACGGAGGUGACGACGGCGAUUACUCCGAUAUGAAUGCUCGGGAGAAGCGGAGUGUUGACGACAGUAACGGGGAUGACAGCUACGACGAUUAUAGCGGGGAUGGAGGUGACUAUAACAGCGAUUUCUCUGGAGACGGAGGGGACGAGUACAGUGAUGGAGAUUCUAGCGACGACGACUAUAGCGAGGGCGACGGUAGCGAGGGUGACUAUAACGAAGGCGACUACCCAGAUGACGGAAGCACGGAGGGAGAUGGGGACCGGAGGCAAAGGGGUUCAUCCAACGGCUCAGGAUCAAGCAGGCGGAAGAAAGGACGGAGGGGAUCGAGCCGUAAAGGGAAGCACGGAAAGAAGGGGAAGCACGGAAAGAAGGGGAAGCACGGGAAGAAAAAGGGCGACUCGUCGCCGCCAAUCGCGAGCGAUCCGGCCGCCAACUUACCUCCCGUUACAAUCGUUCCCCCGUUCACGGUCAAAACCCCCCCGGUAAUAUCAUUCCCGCCGAAGAUCACCAAUCCGAAACCGGUUGACCCGUCACCAGCACCCCCAGUGGGCCCCCUCAUACCCGAUAAUGUCAACCCGUUACCAUUCGAUCUCAUCCCCGUUCCGCAACGAACAACCACCGACUCGUUUACGCUAAACCCUUUUAAAGGCAGAGUCGCGAGUUUCCCAUUAGAGCCCAGUCGAAAGGACCCAAAAGCGAGCUUGAUAAAAAAGCCAAAACCGCCAGUGGCAAAGCCGAAAGUGCCGACUCUCCCGCCCAAACCGAAGGUGCCGACGCUGCCGCCCGCACCGACACCGAAGGUGCAGAUUCCGCCAACGACGCCGCCGAAUGCGGGAGCAGUGGACCCGUCCGAUCCGAACAACCCGUUUGCGAGUCCGUUUGACCCGCCGCCCGGCGCGAAUGGCCCGUUGACUCCGACUGACCCGAUUGACCCGCUGAAUCCGCCGUCGCCGUCGCCGCCGGUGGUUGCUCCCAAGCCUUCCCCGCCUCCUGAUGAUGGUGCCGGUGCUGGUAUCCCGAAGACCACCGUCCCACAUAUGCUCCCCGAUUCCUCGUCUCACCAUUUCAUUCCCCUCGUCUCAUCAUUUCCCCCGUGCGCUCGUCUCUUUUUCCCCCUCCCUCUCCCCCCUGCUUUCUUCCUGUUUCCAGGUGCCGGCAUUCCCAACACCACCGUCCCGCAAAUGCUCCCCGAUUCCUACAACGCCUCAGCCAUCAUCAAGCCGAAAACCACCACCACCACAACCGCCCCUCCCUCUCCCCCGAACGACGCGGGAGUCAACACUCUGAUGGUCGUGCUCAUGGUGACGAUUCCCCUGGGAGCAGCAGCGGUGAUUACAAUGGGUAUGCUGGGGUGGAGUCAGUACAAGAAAUGGAGCAUGAACGCCCAAGGCCCUGCCACUGCCGGGGGACCAGGGGGUGGGGGCGGUGGGCUUGGUGGCGGGGGGUAUGAGACUCUGCGAGGGGGGCCGUUCAACCACUGA